AUCAAGUUGGUUGUGACUAUUGUGAUGUUUCUCAGUUCUCCCUCCACAAAAUGACCAAGAUCGAUGUGCCACACUGCAUUUUUCUCUUAAGUUUUGUUUAGUUCAUACGGCUAAUUCAGCCAGUAAGCCAGUAUAAUGGGUAAGUUUUUCCAUUACGAGUCCUACUCUUGCAUCUGUCAAAAUAAUCCGUGGUUUGUGAGAGCUGAUCAUCUGGUCACCCUGACUUACUGGUUUAUCUCUGAAGCUCUCAGACUCGAACGAUUAAGCCGUUUAAGCCAACAGAUCGAUCAGGUUUCAUCAUCGCUCAGUAGGGUUUCAAGCGUGUUUUCUCUAAAUUAAGAAGGUUAUUUUGGCCUUCGGUCAUGGCUCGUCUCACGUUUUAUCCCCCAAACACUGUUCGUCUCGUUUCGUUAGAGGAUCAUCCCGAAAUCUUUGAAGGUUGGGUUGAGGCCUUCAACGAGAAUCCCGAUCCUUACCUGGUCCGAGCUCAAACGCCUCGAUCUCCCACCAUCCGUUAUCGAAUCCACCCAUCUCUGGUUCAAGUCAAGCCUGGUCAGCGUGUAUCCUUCCAAAUUCAGAUCAAGAUCAAACCAGACGAGUACUCGGAACCCUCAGAGUCUGAACUCCGGAUGAGAUUAAGUUUUGUCCCUUUGGCCAUUUCUGAUCAUUUGUUGUCGACAGAAUUGUUGUGGGAUGGGAUUCCUGCAUCAGAGCGCAACAAUAUCACCCUAUCUUUGACUCUGACACGCCCAGACCCAAACUUAAACGCCCAUGAAAAUGCAAUUUCCACGUUAGCCAAUGAUUGUGACCCUGUUGAUUACUUGGACGAAUUUCCCGUGGACUUGGAUGACAAGGAAGAUGAUCCAGGAGUAAUUGUCGAUCGAUGUGAACAAGAUAUCUUCGAGAGAGACCUUGUGCCAUUGGAUGAUCACAGCGGUCACAGGCCUAUCAGCAGCAAAAGACAAGACAUUCGAGACCAACUUAUGAGCCUAUCCCAAAGCCUGGAAAAAGCAAAGUCUGUGAGGGUAAAUGAUAGUCAAAAGAGAGCUUCUGAUCAUCUGACGGAUCCAGUUUGGGUCCCAAAAACGAAACCUGUGGAGGAGUUGCUGAACGAUCCUUCUGAUGGUAGCGAUGGUAGCUCAGAUUUGGAAGCAAGAAUCCUGACUCUCGAAAUGGAUUUGAAGAAUCUCCGAUCCGAAAUGAGAUGCUUAUUGCUAAACCUUAAGCCACAAAUAAAUGGAGGGAAUGCGGCUGACUUGGUUGGUAAAGAAACGAGAAGCUGGCUUGCGAUUAUCUCCAGCCAUUGGGUUUGGAUCUGCUUGGGCUUAUUCAUGCUAGCCGUGGUGAUGACUAUGCGCCGCUUUGGUCCUCUAACAAUUUUUUGGGGUUUGUUUUCAUGGAAACUUUGCAGAAGUCUAAAUGUGACUGGAUCAUGCUUCACAGGAACUUUAACCCCGUUCAUGUCCCUUCGAAUCCCGACAAGGAUUGCCGAAGUAAUAACAUUUAUGGGCUUGGGAGUUUCUCAGGGUCCUCGGAUUUUUACUUGGACUUGUCGGCUUGUCAGAAAAAUAUCAACAAACUCGAAACAAACACCCAAGGCACCGAAGAUCACUCGGAUCAUUCGGAUCGCUUCCUCCUCACCCCUUCCACUUGGCUUGAGCAUCAUCCCUGCCGUGGGUUCCCUUGAGACGCGAGUGGUCACUAUGAGCCAAUCCACAGAUUUACAGCAUCUGCACAGUGCCCUCCGCCUGAUUACGGAGAUUCGAGCCCGGAGCGGGAAACUCUUGCAGAAUGUAGCCGACGGGAUGGCCGUCAAGCACGGCGAUGAGAACAAGGAAAAGAGAUUCCUCUCCGAGCUCAAAACCCUCCUGGACGGGGUGUCCGGACAAAUCGGGGAGUUGGAGCAAACCUUGAACAAUCAACCCCCGAUCUCGAAUCCCUUGCCCUUGGGUCAAAGCGUGUAUUUAUCGCUGGACACGGCCAUCGACUCGAUACCCAUCUACCAAAACCUGGUGAGCAGCUAUCGUUGGCUGGACAAGACCCACGAGUACGCCAGCAGUGCUGCUGGAUUCCUCGGACAAAACAGUCUCAAUCGAUCCAUCGGCAAGGUCUCCAAGAACCGACGUCGACCCAAUACUUCUCACACCGCUCCCCCCAAGGAACUCAAUGACCUGAUCAAUCAUAUGGGGUGCAUCUACCAGGACAUGACUUAUCAUAUCACACGCCCCAAUGGCACCAAGCAUAAUGCACUCGUCGAGGUAACGCUGGACCGCAUUUUGAAGGCCAUUCUAAUAUUCAAAGGGCUCAUGAUUGAAUGGGUCGUAGUGAAGGGCUUCAACGAAGAAUCCACCAAGCCUGAUGGCAGUUUGGAUGUGUGGAGCGAUUCCAAAUACCAAGUAUUUCAACGCAUCACCGAGAACGCCAAUGCCGCCAUGCUUAAUUUUCAAUCGCCCCUCUACCCCGAAUUGGGCGUCAAAUCGUUCAUGACCUAUUUGCAUAGCUUCCUCAAAUUGUUCACGGAGAAGUGUAAGAAAUGCGGAUACCAUUUACAUAAUAACAUUCCACCCACUUGGCGCGAAUUCAAAACCCUGGAACCGUUUCACGAAGAUUGUCGACCUUGAGGACAAAAAUGAAUAAAACAUUUUGC